CGGCAAGGAACAAGUACCUACGCUAUUUAAUCAGAAUAAACACAAUUAGUUGUAGCAGUUUGGAUAACAAUGGAAACUGAAAGCACCUAUGAGCUCGGAAGGAGGGUGAUCGAUAUGUUCGUCAGUAAAGGGUUCUCUGAUGUUAAUGUCCAGUUCGAAACGGGACCCAAGAAAGGUGACGGGAUUGCUGGCGAAAUAUUUCACGCCAUCAUCAGUGCAGUCAACAAGGAUGGAGUACCGCAGGUGCUGGAGACGGUCAUCAAGUGCGCCCCCACCAACCUCACCUUUCGCGCGACCAUGCCAGUAAGAAACUACUUUCUUAGAGAAACUUUGUAUUACAACAAAAUCGUACCAAUAUUCGAUAACCUGCAGGAUCAAUUCGAGUUAUGUGUGCCGCAGGAAAUGAGAUGCGUUCUCCCUAAAUGUUAUGGAUUCAGUGACGACUUCAGACAGGAAAUGUUGAUCCUCGAAGACCUAACUAAGAAAGGAUUCCUAGUCGCGCCUAUACAGAGUGUAGACUACGACCAUGCUGUGAUCAUGCUCCAAACUAUGGCAAAGCUACAUGCUUUAUCUUUCAUCUACGAACAACGCUAUCCGGAAAGAUUUAGAGAAAUAGCGAACCAAAUAAGUGGACACUUGUGUACGCCAUUACAUGAAGGAGAAUUCACUGACAAAUGUUUGAUCCAGCAUGGAGAAUAUACUAUGAAACAAUUAUUGAAUGCCAUUACGGACGAAUCAUUGCGGGAACGAUUUGGGUCAACCGCGGGAACAAAUUCGUUUAAAAAACAUUUUGAACUUUCGAAAGUUGGACAAACUAUGGCCAUUCUACACGGCGAUAACUGGCAUAAUAACCACAUGUUCAAAUAUAAGAACGGCAAGCCAAUAGAGGGAAUACCAAUAGACUUCCAGUGGGCAAGAUAUGGCUCGAUAGCUCACGAUUUCAUGUAUUUAUUCCUAACUGAUUCCGGGGAUUUGCGAAGAAAUCAUUUCUACCAGCUGGUAGACGUAUACCACGCAGAACUGAAAGAAUUUCUGUCUCUCUGCGGGUAUGACGUUAAUAACUUUUGUUCCUACGAACAAUUCAAAGAGGAACUGAAAAGUCAGGUGUUGAUAAGCAUUAUCGUAUACAUUUUUUCUGCACCCUUUUUCAAAGAUCCUGCGUUAACUCUCCCUGAAAGGUUGUCGUCCCCUGCAACAUACUACACUGUGACUGAAGAAUACAAACAAACUGUCAAUAACAUGGUCACUGUUUGGGCAGAUUUGGGAUUCUUUUAAACGUUCUUUCGGCUAUUAUUUUUAAUGUUAAUAAAUAUUUGG